GCAGUUUUGUGCCGGAUCCGCUUGCAGACGGUGGAGUUUCUUUGCUGUUCAGUAUCUCGUCCAACGCUUUGGGGCAGUCGUACUCAUGCUUCAUGAUCGCUUCCACCAUCUGCCGGUCGCCGACCGUUUCUCCGACGAUAUCGCGAAUUUCGUCCAUACAGGACAGCAACCGUGCGCGGUCAUCAUCACUCAGUUCGGGCAGUUGGUAACACUACAUGUGAAUUAACGAUAAGAAAUAGUGCCUUUCAUUCACGGCUCCACCAACGUACCUCGGAAUCGCGUCUCUUGUGUGCGCCAGCAUCCCGCUUAUCCUCGGCCAGCUCAUCUUCCUCCUCGAUGUCGCGAUUGUUGGCUAAGAACUCGGACAUGCUCUGCUGCCCUUUGGCACGAUCGUAUAUCCAUUGCUGGGCGUCGGUAGGCGAGAUACAUUCAUCCUCAACCGACUGCCCGUACCGGUAGUCGUCUUCGUCAUCGUAUUCUGAGAAAGAGUGGCCAAGAACAGUGCUUUAAAAUCUCGUUAUCUCCCAGUUGCUGAUUGCGGUUGACGUACCAUCGUAAACGGCGUUCCGAACGUUGCGGUGACGCGACAUGCUUUCGCUGUAAGACUGUGGUUUUCGAUCAACAAACUAGGAACAUUAACAUAAAACCCUUCAGUAUGUUAAACGUAUUGCACUACUGUAAAUAAUGUUCCAUUUUACUGUCGAACAAGUGAACCAUUUGUUUUCAAAGCCACUCCACUACAUUGAAAUUGAUGAGUUGUCAAAAGAAACGUACAACAAAAAAAAAAACGCGAACGUCAAACAAAACCAACAUAUUUGACGAUCCUGAAGGGCGUCCCGUGAGCCAGAUGACAAAAUCGUUUUCCGUACCGGCAAACAGGUUUUUGUUUUUCUUCACGCCGGGUGUUGUUUUCAAAACAAUAAUGCCUCCGAAAAAGGAUGCAAAAGGUGGCGGAAAAGCUGCCCCAGCUAAGGGAGCUGCUGGUGGCAAGAAAGGCGGCGCCGGUGGUGCUGAAGAAGGUGCGACGAAGGAGAAAAAGGGCGGAAGUGCUGUGAAGGUCCGACACAUCCUGUGCGAGAAGCAGGGCAAGAUACUGGAGGCACUGGAAAAGCUAAAGGAGGGUCAAGCCUUCAAUGUGGUAGCGACCAACUAUAGCGAAGAUAAGGCACGCCAAGGAGGGGAUCUCGGCUGGCAGAUACGUGGGGCCAUGGUAGGCCCGUUCCAGGAUGCGGCAUUUGCGUUACCAAUCUCUACCACCAACGCUCCCAAGUACACUGAUCCUCCUAUCAAGACCAAGUUCGGAUACCACAUUUUGAUGGUUGAGGGCAAGAAGUAGCUGCGCCAAUAAAUACGAU